CGUUAUGAAGAUAUUUUUCAUGUACCAUUAUUCUCUCACCAAAUCUCUUGGCCAUCUUCUGUAUUCCUUUCUCCCUUUUAAGAUAACAAAAACAGCACAGCAAUGGCUUCCUCGAUUCCUUCUCCCACCGCUCCAAACUCCAUUAUCUCUCCCAAUUUCAUAUCUCACUGCUCCAGAUCCUCCGCUUUCUCCCCUUCUCACUGCUCCAAAUCCUUCCGGCCGACGCCCUCGUGCAUCAACGCUCUCUCCAAUGCCCGUAAUCGGAAGGCGGCUCGUCGGUACGACGGCCAGUGCACGACGAACGCUCUCUCCAAGUCUCAGAAUCAGACGAGCAAUUCAGUUUUUAGUCCUCCGUCGACUGCGGAUUUAGUGGCUCUAUGCGAGGAGGGUAAGGUAACGGAUGCUCUGGAAUAUAUUUGCCAUGGUGCUGAUGCCGAUUAUGGUGUUUUUACUGCUUUGUUGAAUUCGUGUGGGAAUCUAAAGUUGCUUGAUGCUGGAAGAAGAGUGGACGGGCUGUUGAAACGAACCAAGUUUCGUGGUGAUGUGGAAUUGAACAAUAAGUUGAUUGAAUUGUACUCGAGUUGUGGCUGUAUGAAAGAUGCACGCAGGGUGUUUGAAAAAAUGCCUGACAGGGAUAUAAGGACGUGGAAUUUGAUGAUCAAGGGGUAUGCAGAGAACGGGGAAGGAGAUGAUGGGGUGGCUUUGUUCGAGCAAAUGAAGAAGGUGGGAUUGCAGCCAAAUUCAGAAACUUUUCUGGUGGUUUUAGCAGCUUGUGCCAUGGCCGAAGCUGUGGAGGAAGGUAUAUUUUACUUUAAUUCGAUGGAAAAUGAAUACGGAACCAAUCCUGGAAUGGAGCAUUAUCUAGGAGUUGUUGACGUUCUUGGGAAAUCUGGCCAUUUGAUCGAAGCAGUGGAGUUCAUUGAGAAAAUGCCCAUUGACCCCAAAAUCAUGAUCUGGGAUGCCCUGAGAAACUAUGCUAGAAUCCAUGGAGAUAUGGAGCUUGAAGAUCGAGCUGAAGAGUUGAUGCUCGCUCUUGACCCGUCCAUCGUGGCCACAGCUACCACGCCACCAAUCCCUCCACCAAAGAAGCAAUCAGCUACCAACAUGCUGGAAGAGAAGGAGAGGGUGAGGGAGUUCAGAUGUGCAAUGCCUUACAAGGAAGAGGGUGAAGGGAAGCUAAAGGGAUUGAGUGGACAAAUGAGAGAAGCAGGGUAUGUGCCAGAUACAAGAUAUGUGCUACAUGACAUUGAUGAAGAGGCUAAACAGCAGGCUUUGCAGUACCAUAGCGAGCGGUUGGCCAUUGCUUAUGGAUUGAUCAGUACGCCAGCGAGAACGACGCUGAGGAUCAUCAAGAAUCUUCGGAUCUGCGGUGACUGCCAUAACGCAAUCAAGAUUAUGUCAAAGAUUGUUGGGAGAGAGUUGAUUGUUAGAGAUAAUAAGCGGUUUCAUCACUUUAAAGAUGGCAAAUGCUCUUGUGGGGAUUACUGGUAAAUAUAUUGACUGUAUCAUAUCGUAAGAUAUUGGUAUUUGGGCUUCUUUGGUGAUUUACUUGAUUUGCUUUUUCCUUUUCUAGUCUAUCCUUGGUCUUACUUUUAUCAUUUAUGACAAACUUGGCAAACUCGGCCACCAAAUUGACUGAAGUUGACAAAAUGAUUUCAAA